AAUUACUUUUCCACCCUCCAAUAAAAACCCUUACCCAUGCCCUCCUCAUCUCUCUUUUCCUACACCGCUAACCGGAAAUUUCUGUCGCUCUAUUCUGCUCUUGCUUUCAAAGUCAGGGUCACCGAUCCCCGACGAUUUUUGGUGGAUUUGCAGGGAUCUAUACUGGAAUUAGAAUAUUUUAGGCAUAAAAAUCAAAAUUAUUAUUAUUAUUACUUCCAUUUCGGUGUAUGCAUUUAUAAUUUGCUAAUGGUUGGUCUAAUCCAUCGCUCUCUGAAAGGGUAGAGCACGAGGAAUUAGCGUUGCAGCAGCAGCCCUGCAUCUUUAUUCAUUGUUUUCUUUUUCUUUUAUGCGUUGGCUAUGAUUAUUGAGCUGUAAGAUCGUUAGAAAUAUUAGUUAUUGAGCUGUAAGAUCGUUAGAAAUAUUAGUUUAGGCAUGAGAUCGUGCAGUGGAUGGCGUCGUUUCCUCCUUUGUUUCUCUCUGCUACUUAUCAUUUUCCAUAUCUUCUCUGUUUUUGAAUUUCAUCCCAACUCGGUUAUAGAAGCUGCCCCAAAGAAACGAAAUAAAAAGUCUGAUCAUCUGGUUCUUGGUCCUGCUGCUGGGCAAGGCUUGCCUAAUCGGUUGCAAUGCCAAGGCUCUAAAGCUCUCAACAAGUCCUAUUUCCUAACCCCUUCCAAUGCCUCUAAUGUUGGAGAUAGCAUUAGCUUUGUCACUGUCUUUACCAUUUACAGCACUUCAUUGGAUUCACAUGCUGACGAUAAAUCAUCAAAUUUGGUUACUGUUGGAAAUGUUUCAUACACUAAGAAAGAGAGGUCAAUGGCCAUUUUGAAUGUCUUCAUUAAUUUUAUUCAGGUAAUUUCUUGUGUGGAACGUUCAAGGAUUGUCACCUUGCCUACAUCUACAAGAAAUCAUCUGUAA